AUGCAGCGUCCUCUGUCUAGCGUCCUCUUUUGGCGUCCUGUCCACACCGUCCGCCAUCCGGACACGCAAAUGCAAAUCUCCCCACUAGCAGAACGAACAGGUAUAUCCCCCUCAGGCUCGCUCCAAGGAACCCUCCUCCUCCGCCUCCCGUCCUCACCAAACCUACGCCUCGCUCGCCACCAAGCCAGGGGGCCGCACACGGGGAAACUGCGCGGGCCGGGGGCGCGAGUGCUUACGCUCGAAGACACCGCACUCGGUGCAGACAAUCUUCCCGACAGAGAGCCUGCUGCGACGCCACGUGUUGCUUUCCGUCGUCCAGCAGUUGAAGCAGCACGGGCGGAGCGUGGCCCGGACGGAGGGCGGGGGCGGCGCAGGCGGAGGGCAGUGGCGGCGGGUUGUCGCUGA